UUUCAUUCGCUAGCAAGUCAUGGUCUAUUUAGUAUUGUCUCUGCAUCUUUCAGGUUGGUGAUGCCAGGAUUUCCGCCGUCGUGUUUCAGCUGCAAGUGUGGAGCUGGAGAACAGCAAUGAACACAAAAGCCUUGAGAACAGUAAUCGCACAAAGAAUUAGCAUGCAGCUGAACAAGUUUCCAAGAGGCUGAAUGCUUCCUUUCACUGCACAUCAUCCCUAUCUGCACUUUUAUGAUGGUUGAGCAACAUGUCAGCCUCAUCUGGAACAUCAUGUGUAAAGUGAUGGUAGAGACGAUCCUCCAUUGGGUUUAGGAGCCAAGUUCUUGUCUCUCCUGGGCAGUAUGGGCUGUCUUCCUAGUUUCUGCAACCUCUCCCGGAGGGUGAAAUUCCUACUCUUCAUUGGCAUCUUUGUGGUUUUCCUGACAUGGAUCUCUUCUUUAGGCAGUCUUGGUGAAAUUCGAGAUGCUACACAGCUUGUAAAAGAGCUGUCCCUGACAAGGAAAGUUCAGCACACAGGCCUGUUCAGAGCAAAUAAUGUUCAAAGUGUUGAGCCUUUGGCUGUUACCACUGCAGUUCCGCUGCAGUCCUGUCCCCUGCAGUCACCUUACCUGAGGGGAGCUAUUGCCCUGUCUUUCAGGCCAUCAUUGACUCUUCAUGAUGUGGAGAUUGAAAACCCAGAGGUAUCAAAUGGGCAAUACCAACCAAAGGAGUGCCACCCUUUGCAGAGUGUUGCUAUUCUCAUCCCACACCGGAACAGAGAAAAGCAUCUUCUCUACCUGCUGCAGAAUUUGCACCCUUUCUUGCAACGGCAGCAACUACACUAUGGCAUAUAUGUUAUCCACCAGGCUGGUCAUGUCACUUUCAACCGAGCCAAGCUACUUAAUGUAGGCUACCUAGAGGCUUUGAAGGAUUUUGAGUGGGACUGCUUUAUUUUCCAUGAUGUUGAUCUGGUGCCUGAAAAUGAUUACAACCUGUACCAGUGUGACCGCCAGCCCAAGCAUCUGGUGGUGGGAAGGAAUGCUACAGGAUAUAGGUUGCGGUAUAAAGGAUACUUUGGGGGUGUUACUGCAAUGACAAGAGAGCAAUUUUUAAAAGUGAAUGGAUUUUCCAAUACAUACUGGGGCUGGGGUGCAGAAGACGAUGACCUCAGGAUAAGGGUGGAACUUCAGAGGAUGAAAAUUGUGCGGCCUCCACCUGAAGUGGCCCGGUAUACCAUGAUUUUCCACACAAGAGACAAAGGCAAUGAAGUGAACAAAGACAGAAUGCGCCUCCUGAACCGAACACCUAGAGUGUGGAAAACCGAUGGCUUGAACUCGUGUUCCUACAAGAAGCUGUAUGUGGAGAAGCAGCAGCUCUACAUCAACGUCACUGUGGACAUUGGCCGCCCUUCCCUGUGGCAUAACUAACUUUUAGGCAGAGAAGGGAGUGUGCCACGUAAGAGAGAAACAGACUGAUGAAAGCUCACGCAUCUAGUAUGCAACCCAUUUAGCAACUUACUUCCAGUUAUUAAUUGUACUCUUUCUGUGGUGAUGUCUGCUUACUUGAACCCCUGAAACCACAAGACAAGGGGGCUGAGAUAUACAGAAGGUUGAACGUCAUGUAGUUUGUUAGACUGGGACCAUUUCCAAACAAUGCAUGAAUGUAUAAUAUUUAUAUAGGAUCAGAGACUUGCCUUGUGCACUGGUGACUGUCUUUAUAGUCACUGAAGGACAACCUAAGACGUUUUAGGACAUUUGCCCAAAUCUGGGAUGUUGAUUCAGAUAUUUUUGUUUUAGAAAUGUUUCUUUAAAAAAAAAGAAAAAAAAUCUAAAUAAACCUCAGAUGUCCAAGUCGUUUUUAAUUUUAACAAAGAAACUUUACAUCAGUAAUAAGAUAAUCCUGACACUUGCAAUACAGUAGAACCUCAACUUUACCCAAAUUGGCAAAAGAACAUACAAAUAAAAUGGAAGGUAAAGAAUGCAAUAAUUGAAACGA